AUGACAGAGGAAUUGGAUGCGGGGACAGGACUAGUCCUCUUGAAUCUAAAAGAUGCGGCCACAACCUCCCACCCGAGAAGAUCGUCGACAAUUGAUCUAUCAUGGGCAAACCAGAGAGCAUUUGGAAAAGUAUUGGGUUGGAAAGUGGAACACGGAGUGGAUUCUCUUUUGGACCACUUUUAUAUAUUCCUAAAUAUAAAAACCAAGUGCAGCACGAGAGAUAGAGCAAAAUUAACCAACUCUGCCUUUCCACGUUGGAGCAUGAAACGCCUAGACAAGGACCUAUUAGAAGCGGCCGCGGCAGCGAAGACCUGGGCGAUCGAGGGUGACAAAUGGUCAGAAAGCGAGUGGGUCAACUGGUUGGGCACCGCCUUCACGGAGAUCCUGGAUGUGAUAACGUCUCGGGCAAAGUCGGGCCAUGGCCCGGCAUGUUAUUGGUGGUCCGAGGAGAUCGCGGAACUCCGACGCACGUGUAACAAGCAUAGAAGAAGAGCCUACAGAGCCAGAGGAAAAGCUCCCUUGGAAAUACAAAAGGUACGACAGGGUGAGAGAAUCAAGGAAAACCCUUAG